AAACUGAAGUAAGAUAUAAGUGAGUUUAGCUGUACACUGCCCUACUUAGGCGAACCACAGCAACUGCUAGCCAACAGUUAAACUGAAAACGUGACUCUGCAUCGGUUAAUUCUUUUGAAAUUAUUUUUCACAAAGUUGAGGAAAAACCCGUCUGUCACAGGAAAGAUCAAAGUGUGAGAGACCUAUUAACUUCUUUUAUCAACCCAACGCUCUGCCUUUGCGCGACAUUGUAGGGGCUAGAGGAGGAUCGAGGAUGAAGACUGUGAUUGUGGUGCAUGGUGGAGCGUGGGCCAUCCCGGACAUGUUAGCCGAAGCAUCCGUGGCUGGAGUCAAGAAUGCUGCGUGGGCCGGCGAUGCUGUUCUUAAGAAUGGUGGGAGUGCAAUUGAUGCUGUAGAAAAAGCUGUGAGGUCUUUGGAAGAUGACCCAACAUUUGAUGCAGGUCAUGGUGCAGUGCUGAAUAUUGAUGGAGAGGUGGAGCUGGACAGUAUCAUCAUGGAUGGGGAAACACUUGCCACUGGAGCUGUGGCCUCUGUGAGAAACAUCGCUAACCCUGUUAGUCUUGCUCGUGCUGUAAUGGAAAAGACAGAUCAUGUCAUGUUGACAGACAGAGGAGCGAGCAUGUUUGCGGAGCGCAUUGGUAUUCCAGUAGCUGAUGAUUUGGUGACUGAGCUGGAACGUAAAGACUGGGAACAAAGCAGUAGCUAUCCUGUCGGAGUCGAACAAUUCUUCAACACACAAUUGGGCCAUGAUACAGUCGGAGCGGUGGCUCUGGACUCUUUGGGUAAUGUGGCGUGCGCUACAUCCACCGGAGGAAUCAGAAACAAAAUGGUGGGAAGAGUCGGAGAUUCUCCUAUUAUAGGAUCUGGUGGAUAUGCAGACAAUAGAAGUGGCGCGGUCUCCUGUACUGGUCACGGAGAGUCUAUUCUCAAAGUCACCUUAGCCAGAUUAAUCCUCUUUCAUAUGGAGCAAGGGAAAUCAGCCACAGCCGCCGGUGCCGCCUCACUUCAGUACAUGGGAGAGAGAGUGAAGGGAUGCGGAGGAGCUAUUGUUCUGUCCUCCACAGGGGACUGGGCCGCCAGCUUCACCACACCACGCAUGGCUUGGGCCUCCAUUAAAGAGGACAUCCUGCACUACGGGUUAAAUCCCAAAGAAGAUUUCACAGAGAGGCUGAAAUGAUAACAUUAUACUUUAAUUGUAUUUUCAUUCAUUAUUGUGAAUUUCUUAAAACUUUCAGUUAGUUAAUUUAUUUUGCUAGAUUCUAUCAGUUUCCUAUGUGAUUAAUUGUAUCCUUUAUACAAAUCUAAAAGUUAUUUUACAUCAGUAGUAAUGAGAUGUUUCUCAUAUUAAGAAAACAAAUACUCCUCUCUACAUGUUCUGAUAAGUUUAACCAACAGUUAAUGAAUAAUGAUUGAUUCAAAAAUGGGUGAAAAUAUUGUACAUUUUAGUAACUUUAGUAGCUGGAUUACUGUACAUAGAAUAUUUAAUUACAUUUAUGCAGGUUGUCCCUACGGUUUCCUCGGUGAACAAACAAUAGAAACACAAUAUGGUGUUAAGUGACUAAAUGAAGAAUUCUUAAAGAGUUCUGAUAAGCUUAAUGAAUAAUGAUAAGAGUUAUCAUCAGUUAAUGGCAUCAUCUUAUGAAAUGUAUUCACAAAUUACAUCUGAAUACGUCAUAAACUGUAUUCAGUAAGAUAGGAAGACAUAUGGGAAAUAUAACAGAAAUAUACUGUACAAUGGCAAAAUCAACAUAUUAAUUUAACCAAAUACAUCUGUUUUUACUACAUUUGUAGAAUUCAACACUAUUAAAGAUUAAUCUUACCA